CGACUGGCACAUUUUCCGUUCCCCCUAACGCAAACCUCUCCUCAAAAGCUUGGUCUGCUGCAGGGGACAACAAUUGCACAUACUAUGUAUGGAUUGCCAAUGUCUAUCCGAACAUACCCAGCCUGCAUGUGACACAGUGUACACAGUACAAGAGUAGCCUACGUUAUGAUAGACUCGGUCCCGGUUCGGCUCAACGCGCCCCCGCCUUCGAAACCGUGUCACAGCUGCCGUCGGAAGCGAUUGAGAUGUGACCGGUCCAUCCCCGAAUGUCAAAAGUGUGUCAGCAAAGGGGAGAAAUGUCUGGGCUAUGGGAACUUACUCCGAUGGACGAACUCUGUGGCCGUCAGGGGCAAUCUUGCGCACCAGAUAUCACAACACCAACGCCAAUGCCUAUCCAAAGAUGCCAUCCUCUCACAUGAUAGUCUGCCAGCGAGGCGGCAAAGGGUAGAGACGGGAAUACAGCCUCUCCAACUUCCCCUAAUUGAUCCUUUGCUGGUCAACCUCGGACCGCAACACCGGGAGUAUAUCGGCCACUUCGAGCGAUCCGUCUGUAAGGAUCUAGUCUCUUUUGACCACCAGGACUCCUACAACCCGUUCCGCUUCAUACUCUCCCUGAUAGAUAACUUCGACUACAUCCGGGAGAUCACGCUCGCAACAUCCGCCGUCCACAUGGUCGCCCUCCGACGGAGUUACGGGCUCACCUACCACAAGCAGCUCGUGGACGCCCUUAACGCCAAGGGGCAGGCGUAUCGUCUGCUACGCCGUGCCCUCGACAACCUGGCUGCGGUCGACAAGCCGAUCGCAAUGGUGGCCGUCGUCUUUUUCAUAAAUUUCGACCUCAUCGAGUCUGGUCGGGGCUCCUGGAAGACGCACGUCGAGGCGGCCGGGAAGCUCCUCAAGUCCAUACAUACCAUGGAGAUCAGGAAGCAAAUACCGCCAAGCAUCGCCAAGCUGGCCGACAUCGUCGUGGCGGACUGCAUCACGUACCACGUGCUUGGCUCGGCUUUCACCGGCUCUGGUGACACUGCCCUGUCCGCGUUCGAGUCCAUUGAUAUCAUCUCCGUCUUGCAGAGGGCAGCGCCUUUCAGUUACGGUUGCUACCCGCCGAUAAUGCUCGAGAUACUAUCAGAGGCCACCCAUCUAUCCCAGACAGAUGCCUGUGUGGGUAGAGAUCUGAUAGACAAGCUUUGUGCGCUCGACUUCAGGGCUUGGGUGUAUAGCAUACCGGAUUUGUCCCCCAAGGACGACCUCGAGGCGAGAGUGCAAAUCGCAGAAGCUCACCGGGCAGCAACGUGUCUUUACAUUCUCCUCGCCGUACCGGACCUAGAACGUGAUGCGAUUUACGGACAGGGACUCCAUGCGGAGGCCCAAACUCGCAAGGUCUUAAAACACUUGGCGGCUGUGUCGAUUGAGCACGCCUUAUCCAAGGGACUGAUAUGGCCCACUUUUAUGGUCGGCGCGCAGACGGAUGACCCCGAGGGACGGGAGUGGUGUUUAGGGAGGAUGCAAAAGAUAUGGGUGGCCAGCCCCUUCAUCUGUCCUUGGGGCUAUAUCGAGACUGCUAUGACCAUGAUGCAGCGUGUGUGGGAGUCGAAAGACGCAAAGUCAAAACUCGAUAGCCACACUAGCACAAGUUGGCUACAGGACCUUAAGGGGUUCCCUGACCAUGUGUUGAUUGUGUGAGACUAAAAAUCUGGUAUUUGAACGUCACGGAGAAGAGAAGCUUCAUAGAAUAGAG